AUGGCUGACUUCACGGACAAGCUUCGACCUGCUGAUCCCCAAGGCCCAAGUAUCCUAGCCCAGGAGAGAGCCGGGUCCAGCGUGAACACCGACCAACUGGCAAAUCACUUGCUCUCACGCAACGACUUCCUCAAUAGACAGAAGAAAAUCCUCUCUAUUCUGGAAACCAUCCCCAUCUUCUGCAAGAAAAACCAGCUCAACAUGGCCCGUCCAGACCGCUAUCAUCUUGGUCUGGCACGAGCAAAGAUGCUGAGGAGACUGUCCCUCAAGCACGGCUGGGACCGCGACGACUAUCUCAUGGCCGACUAUUUGAUGGAUGAGAUGGGCCCGUACGCUCUGCAUGGGACCAUGUUCAUCACUUCGAUUCGAGAACAAUGUAACGACGAGCAGAGAGCCUACUGGCUGCCGAAAGUCGAAAAUUGGGAGAUCAUCGGUUGCUAUGGACAGACUGAGCUCGGACACGGCAGCAAUGUCAGGGGCAUCGAAUGUCAAGCCAAAUGGGAUCCCAAGGCCAAGGAGUUCAUCAUCCACAGCCCUACCAUCACGGCCAGCAAAUGGUGGAAUGGAGCUUUGGGUCGCACGGCAACUCAUGCUAUCGUCGUUGCACAGUUGUUGCUCCCAGACCUUAAUAGUGGAAAGUACAAGUCGUAUGGUCCGCAUCAGUUCAUCGUUCAGAUCAGGGACAAGAAAACCAACAAGCCACUGGAUGGCAUCGUGAUUGGGGACAUUGGCCCUAAAUACGGCUAUCCAGGUAUGGAUAACGGCUAUAUGCUCUUCAACGAAUUCAGAGUCCCCCAUGCGGCUCUACUGUCCAAGUAUUCUGGGGUCGAUCCAGAGCGCGGGACCUACAUCAAACCUCAAAAUGCCGCCCUCGUCUACGGAUCCUUGACUUUUGUGCGUGCUCAGAUCAUCAUGCAUGCGAGACUCAUUCUCGCUAGAGCCGUCACGGUUGCGGUUCGCUACCUCUCUAUUCGUCGACAGUUUCCAGAUCGAGAUUCGAGGGAUCCAGAUGCGCCUGAACAGGCCGUGCUCAAUUAUCCCACCGUCCAAAUUCGCAUUCUCCCACUUCUGGCCACUACUUUCGCCCUCCAUUACACCGGCGAAGCAAUGUACAAGCUCUACUGGGGCACCCGAGAACAGAUCGAGAAGGGUGGCGAUUUCGCCCGUCUGGCGGAGAUGCACGCGGCUUCCUCUGGUCUGAAAUCAUUGUGCACUACGUUGGCAGCCGACGGCAUCGAGACCUGCCGUCGGGCAAUGGGAGGUCACGGAUUCGGAGGUGGGAGCGGCAUGAUCGCUCUCAAUAACGAGUAUCUGUCCAAACCAACCGUAGAGGGAGACAAUUGGAUGAUCACACAGCAGACCGCGGCCUAUCUGAUCAAGAGGAUGACUGAGGUGGCGAAGAAUCCUAGAGUGAAGCCGACUGAUACUGUCGACGUCCAAUUCCAAGACUUUGUGGCCAACAAAUCAAAGUCAUAUGAUUUUGACAUCCUGGGAAACCCACUGGAGCUGGUCAAGGCAUUCAAACACAGGGCUUCAUACCUUUCCUACCAAGUGUACCAUGCAAGGGUGGUUGAAAAGAAGCCCUGGACAAGCAUGAUGAUCAGCCUGCACAAACUCAGUCGAGCCUACUCCGAGAGUCUCCUGGUGUCGAACUUUUACAACGCUGUCUUUGAAAGCGCUCCAAACCCUCCACUUGACGCCGCGACCUUGAAUGUGUUGAAGGUCUUGUUCCGCCUCUUCGCGCUCUUCACGCUGGAUGUCUCCGCUUCCGAAUUCCUACUGUCGAGAGCCUUGUCCGUCGAGAAGCUGCAGCAUGUGACACCCGCGAUUCAGGAUCUGAUGGCACAGGUGCGACCCCACGCUGUUUCGCUGGUGGAUGCUUGGUCUGUGCCAGACUAUCUGCUUGAGAGUGCAUUGGGCAGUUACGACGGUGACGUAUACAAUCGACUCUUCCACAAGGCGCACAAGGAGAAUCCGUUGAACCAGCUGACCUUCAAUCCGGAUUGGCGGACUGAGGAGAUUGUGAUGGGCGAGGGCGAAGAGAAUGCCAGGAGACGGCUGGAGGCCCUGGCAUUGGGCAUGACGGGGCACGAACAGUUUGGUGUCGUAAAGUCAAAGUUGUAG